AUGAAGGAACCCAAGGACGACAAGGCCAAGCUGAGAAAGCGGCUCAAUACUAUUAUGAAGUUUGUUGCCAGAAGUGAAAUCACUGGCGACGAUUUUUUCGGCUUGGUCAAUGAGGUUGCACACAAGAGCCUGAGCUGUAAGGCCAUGCAUUCUGUCAAGGACCUAACCACUGAGGCGAAGAUUACCCAUCAAGACAGCGAGGAAGAAGAGGAAGAGGAAGAGAAAGUGACAGUUGCAGACAGAAAGGAUACGAACGCCGACCUCGAGCAAAAGCUUGCAGAUAUGUCCAGGAGAAUUGCAGAAGUGGAGAAUCAACCUAUGGUGAAAAAGAAGAAGGCAGCAGAGCUCAAGAUGGAGCUUGCAGACACGGCGAAGAGACUGGCCGAUGUGGAGAAAACGCUUGCGAACAGCAUUAAGAAGGAGGGUGACUUGGAGAAGAGCCUGAAGGAAACAACAAAGUCUCUCACAAUCGUGCAGAAGUCGCUUGUGGACCUAAAAGAGGCCACCGAGAUGCAGACCAAGAACAGAAGUGCAUCGGGAGUUCUUGGUAAUACGCAAAGCUCGACCUCCCGUGGAGUUGCCAGCAUGGCAGAUACAUUUUCGCACUAUGUAGACACUCAGCCCAGAUAUUCAGGCAACCGACCUCGCUACGAAGGCACUGAGUCCCCCUACCAAGUCCACCUAUCCAAGCUCUCAGUUCAAGUAUUCUAA